AUGGCGUUGAGACUGAGCCCUGAAAGAGUCAGCUCGGUGAAACUGGGGUGGGUAUGUUUGGAGGACAGAAUGUUGCAGACGGAAGGAGCAGCAGGGGAAGACCAGGAGCAGCAAAGGCCCUUGGUGCAGUCAAGGAAGCGGAAGGUUUGUGUGUGGAGCAGAGAGGUGGCAGAGUGGGAAGGGAAGGGUGGACUUGCAGGGCCUUGCAAAGGGUUUCAGGCUCCUCCCAAGAGCAAACGAAAGCCACCAAAGGAUUUAAGCAAGGGGUUUUUAUUUUCAGUCUGCAAGGCUUUGUUUCAGAUGAAAUUAAAUAGAAAGGGAAGGAAAUUAAAGCUUAUCGAGGGGUUGUUCUGUGCCAGCCAGCUCCUUAUCUACCAUUCCACUGUCUCUAAGUGUAACACUUGGCACAGAGGUGCUCAGUAA